UAACAGAAGGAGACAAAAUAACAGUAGCGCCAUCAGCGGAUCAACUCAACUAGCCGUCAUCUGUUGUUUCGCUACGAAAAGUUUCCGAGACGCUCGCCCAUUUGAACUACUGGCGGUGAUAGCCAGCUCCCGUGAAUUCCGAUCUUUGCUUUUCCGGUAGAUCUCUGCGAGCGUUCCGGCGGUUUUACCGAUUGCAGGUUUGCCAAGUGUAAUCCUUCGCGCACGCACGUGCAACUCUACUUGCAUCGCCCGAAGCACGGUCAGCUUCGAGCAGGCUUUCAUCGCCACUUGCCUGUUGCUUCCACCAAUGAAUUCGCACAAGCGCCAGUUCCUAGCAUUGGCGGCGGUUCUCUUGGCGAACGCGGAUGAUGACGAUAUUUUGCACCAAGCUGCGAAGCGGCACAAGAAGGAGAGCGCGGCCAAGAAGGAGCCCGGCACACCGAGCAAGCUGCUCCUUGUCACUCGGCUAAACGCUGGUCCGCAAGACUACAGAGACCUGCUCUCCGUGAGCAGGGAGCAGUUCUUGCACCUCAUGUCCCGUGUGCGUAUGGGCAUCAUCAGGGACAAGACUGUCGCCAACCGUCACGUAUCGACGCAGACGAGGCUGCAAGUGACGCUCCGUUAUCUGACGUCUGGAGAGUUGCCCGAGUCGCUGAGGAAUCAGUUCAAGCUUGGAAGUGCAGACGUGGGCGCCCUCAUCCAAAAGACGUGCAACGUAAUUUACAAGGAACUGAAGGACGACUUCAUGAGAGCACCGAAGAGCGAAGAUGACUGGAAGGAAGUAGCGAGAGUUUUCAAAGACAAGUGUAGCAUUCCAAACUGCAUUGGUGCGCUCGGUGGAAGGCACGUGGUCAUGAAGGCGCCGGCGAAGUGCCGGGCAGCCUACACGAACUACAAGAACUCGUUUAGCCUGAUUCUCUUCGCUGUCGUCGAUGCCAACGGGAAGUUCAUCUACACGGAUGUGGGUGCAGCCGGAGCAAAGGGUGGCAAUGACGUGUGGCAGAUGACAGCCCUACAAAGAGCCAUAUGCAGCAACAAGGCCCAGCUACCAGAAGCCAUCAAGGUGGAAAACUCUCCUGACAUCCUUCUGCCACCAGUGUUCAUAGCAGACGACACGUUGCCCCUUGAAAAACACGUGAUGAAGCCCUUCAUAGGAUCCAAUCUCACAACAGAGAAAAGAUGGUUCAAUCACAGGUUAUCUAGAGUCCACGAGGUUAUGAACGACGCCUUCGGGGCGAUGGAAAGUCGUUUUGGGUGCCUCCGAACCGUCAUCCAAGAGAAACCCGAGAGAGUCGCCGCCAUUGUGAAUGCAGCCUGUGUGCUGCACAACUUCUUGGGCAACAGCGGGCCUUCUCCUGCGGGUGCCAGUGCCAAGGCAAGCAGCAGCAGCAACCCCACGGAGCUAUUCUUCGGCUUCCCUUCGUCAUGCGGAAACAUUUCCGUGGACGGGUCUGCCACGAGAGACGUCUUAACGGCAUUUUUCAACAGUAGCUGAGAGAUCAGUUGCUGUGCUGUGGCGAGACUGAGGUUGUGUAUUUAAUAAGUGAUGGCGAUACGUUUUAGGUGCGUUCAAGAGGCUGGACGCCUAAAUAAAACGGUGUUCAAAUGACUGCAUUUGAUUGCUUCAAGUUCUCUGGAGCUUGAGGGGAGGCUAAAGAGAAAAGUUUUAUUUUAUUAUAAAUUACUUUUUCACAAUUCAGUUCCAUAAUCGCCAUGCAUGGCACGAGAAUUCACUUGGUGGACGAGAAAACGCAGAAAAAGAAUUGGAGGUGGCGACGUCACCGUGAAAUUUCUGCACUAAAUGUCGCAAUGUCCUAGAUCUUGAUGGCAUCUACCAGGUCCUGCGUGGUUCCUGAUUGGUAAAUAUGGUGCACUUUACCUCUGAGGAGGAUACAGAAUUAAUAUACCAAGUUUCAGGAAACCUGGUUGAGCCAAUGCUAUCAAAAUACGGCAAAUGCACUUUGAAAUCUGUGACGUCAUUUGUGCCGAUUUUGCUGCAAAGUCAAACAUUGGAACCUUUGACUUCGUUAUCUAUUAAUAAAUAUUAUGGGGAAAUCAGC